AUGUUCAAGCCAAUCCUCUCACUGCUCUUCCUGCUGCUGGCCGCCACUGUCAGUGCUGUGAGCUCCAGCGGCGACAGGCUACUGGUGAUAUUUGAAGAUGUCGCAGAAAAGGAAAAAUACUCCAAGUUCAUGGGAGAUCUGCAGAGCAGAGGCUUCAGAAUAACAUACAGCACACCCAAAAGCGACUCUCUCAAGCUUUCCCACUUGGGAGAGCGGGUUUACGACCAUGUCGUCAUAUUCCCCACGAAGUCAAAGGGUCUUGGCCCCAACUUGACUCCCGCGCUACUCCUCCAGUUCGUCAAGGAUGAGGGCAACGUCAUGUUGGCUCUUUCUUCCGACAUCGCCGUGCCCACAUCAAUCGUCUCGCUUCUCCACGAGCUCGACAUCCAGCUGCCUGCCGAUCGCACCGGCCUUGUGGUCGACCAUUUCAACUACGACCAGAUCUCGGCCGCUGAGAAACACGAUGUCAUCCUUGUCAAGCCCAAGCCGGCUCGUGACUUCCACAGGGACAUCUUUGGCAGCGAAAAGGAUACCAGCCAGCUACUUGCUGUUCCGCGAGCCAUUGGACAGACCCUUGGUCAGAACCCCCUCUUGAACCCUGUCCUCCGCGCCCCUCGGACCGCGUACAGCUAUGAUCCCAAGGAGCAAUCUGAAGUCGUCGAUGACCUGUUUGCUGCCGGCGAGCAGUUGAGCCUAGUCAGCGCUGUGCAGCCGCGAAACUCUGCCCGCGUGGCUGUUGUUGGGUCUGCCGAGAUGCUGCAGGACCAAUGGUUUGAUGCCGAGGUCAAGCCGUCUAACUCAAACAAGAAGGUCCCGACUUACAACCGUGAGUUUGCCAAGAAGUUGAGUGGCUGGACCUUCCAGGAGUACGGUGUCCUGCGCGUCAACUCUGUGGAGCACCACCUGAACGAGGCGGGCGCAAGCAACGUUUCGAACCCGGCUAUCUACCGGGUCAAGAACGAUGUGACCUACACCAUCUCUCUUUCAGAGUACAAGCCCGAGACUCAGUCCUGGGGGCCGUUUACUGUUCCCGAUGGCGACGAGAUUCAGCUGGAGUUUACCAUGCUGUCGCCCUUCCACCGUUUGGGCCUCAAGCCUGCGACGUCUACUGAAAGCGAUGCUACCAAGUACAGUGUGUCUUUUACGCUGCCUGACCAGCACGGCAUCUUCCACUUCCGUGUUAACUACAAGAGACCAUUCCUCACCUACAUCGACGCCAAGGACCAGGUCUCGGUCCGCCACAUGGCCCACGACGAGUGGCCACGCUCUUUUGUCAUCUCGGGCGCAUGGCCCUGGAUCACGGGUAUCGGCGCCACCGUCACAGGAUGGUUGGCCUUCUGCUUGGUUUUCAUGUUUAGCGCGCCGACUGGCAAGGCCACCGUUACCAAGAAGACUCAAUAA